AUGGAGAAUUCCGGCCGCAGCAUGGCAGACCAAGACUACCGACCAGAACGCAGAUUCUAUGGCUCGCAGGACGCUUGGCCACUCUCACCAGAGACUCCGCCACUUCAGACAACCCAGUUACCGCUUACCGGAAACACCUAUGAUAAGGCCAAUGCAGCAGCUGUAUCGUCUGAAGAACCGGCCACGUUGCAAACAAUCGUUCCUCACGCACCAUCGCCCCCGUCAGGUACCACUGCAGCAGCCUCGGGCGCAUUUUCCUCUUCCGAGGAUCUUUACGGUCCAGACCGACUCUUCGGGCCCCCGCUUCCCCGUCAUGGCACGCUUUCGAGGCAUGUGGCAGUAGGACCUGGCACAGCACAACGGACAUCUCGCUUUGGACCAACUACUGUUCCACCGGAUUGCAUGGGCGGUCCGGCUCUGGGUACGGCCUCGAUUGCUGCCUUCCCAGCUUUCGUCGACCCGGGUCAGCAAUUCAAAGAUGCGGUGGCCCGUGAGGCUUCCAACGUCACGCCUGGCGUCGAUGACACACCUUACAUACUCUAUGCCCUCGAUGUCUUGACCGGCCACAGCUCGUCGCCGACGGACGCCAUCGCCGACGAUACGAGCGGCAACAAGCAUAGCAGCUUUCCGUUCCGCCAUAUUCCCGACGAUGGCCUUGGCUACUACCGGCCGCGGUCUCUGACUCGAGGUGCAGCAAAUAUUGGCACUGCGUCCAUUAAACUUCCGGCACCUCUCUCGCCUGUCCAACACAACCUGGAUCACCGCUUCUCUACCCGUUGUGAUGGCACACACGGGGCACGAGACAACCAACCCCAGCCGGCAGACUUCAGUAAAAGUCAUGAACCCCGCGUCAGCACAACUUCCUCCAUCUCUACGUUGGUUCACCCGGCUAUGCAGCCGCCUCGUGUUUCUCUUCCCGCGGACCAUCUCAAAGAUUCCUGGGCCUACCUAGAUUUGAAAAGUUUCUCGCCACAGACGCAGUUGGUCUUUCCGGCGCCGAAUUUCAAACCCGCCGCACUGCAACCUGCUUCGCUGAGUUUUUUUAUCCUGCAAUGUCUCGUCAUGACUGCCGGACUCAUUUUCUCUUCCAUGUACUCCAACUUGCACAGUGGCCUGACCAGAUACUCUGGCAACAACUACGGUGGACAAUUCUUCAUAUUUCGGGUCUUGCCUCAACUACUGUCUGUUGUUAUCCUUCUCUACGCUCUUCAUCUCUCCUCGACAAUCAUCCGCAUCCAUCCGUUUUCCCGCAUGCAGGCACUCGAGAACCCUCACCCAGAACGCCGCAAUGGUGCCAUUUUCGAUAACCUCUAUCCUGGCUUGUUCCUCUGGCCCCAAGUCUCAAACACUGUGCCAUGGCGAACCCGCCUCCCUCUUCUUACCCUUUGGUUGACCAACAUUUCCGUUCCUUUACAGGGCUCGCUCUUCUCGGUCGUCUCUGCUGGCGGAGAUUGGAGAUGGGCAACUGUGCAAGGUAUCGCCUGGACGCUGGUUGUUUUUUACGUGUGCCUCACCGCCGCCGUUAUAACCAUUCUGAUCGACUGGCACAUCCAUUCCACGGGCCUCAUUUGGGACCCUCGUUCAAUUGCCGACUUUAUAACUCUUGCUUCGAACAGCAACACCAUGACGGAUUACAAAGGCAGCGAGUUACUGGCCACCCGCGAUGACCUGCGCCGCGUUCUUCGCCACCGCGCCAUCGACAAGAUCGGCUACUGGGCUUGGAGGGACGGUCGUACGAAUGGCAUCUGGCAUGGAAUUGGCACCGAUCUCUUGGACGACGCCUGGCUCGACGCCCGUAGCCAUAGCAUGGCAGAGCCUCCGGCGACAAAGAAGUCUCCCCGAUCAUGGAACGAAAAGCUCCGCACCCGUGCCAAUGCCGCUGCGUUAGAUGGAAUCGAUUUGGAGGCAUUGGUGCUCUCUCCGCACUCGGAUGGCGUCCGUAACCGUUAUUUGCCGUGGUGUUUACGAGAUGGCCCUCUGUUCGCUCUGGCGAUAGCCGCUUUUGCUCUGUUAUUAGCCCUCAUGACCGUGUCCUUCCUGCCGUCGACAUACAUCAAGCGGGGGUUUCCGCCGCUUGUUGAACACGAACCGACAUCUGGUGCGUUUUCUGCCGCUAAUUUCUUGUACAGCUUCUUCCCUGCCCUUCUUGGCCAAGCCCUGUUCCUUCUCUUGGCAUCCAUCGAUAUUACAGUAAGAAUCCUGCAGCCUUGGGCGGAGUUGUCGGCGAAUGCCGGAGGUUCUCAACCCUCUGCAUCCAUUCUGGCCGACUACGUUGCAUGUUUUUCACUCCAGGCCAGCUGGCACGCCGCAAGAAAUGGCCACUGGAGAGUUGCGACUUUCUCCUUGAUGACGACCGCUUCCGCAUUCAUUCCUGCCCUUGUUGGCGGUGUCUUCAUGGCACUGACCAUAUCGACAGGGGAAGUGCGCAUGGUGCCGAACAUGGCUUUGUUUGCCAUUUGCCUCGCUUUGCUUGUGCUUAACUUUAUCUGUCUUCUCACUAUGCUUCCUGGCCGCAGAAACUUCCGCCUGCCGCACAGCGUCACCUGCAUAGCUGAGAUCCUUAGCUUCUGUGCAAAUGAUGACCUGAUGCAGGAGCCCUCAUUUAAGAACGCCCACAACAAAAUAACCUUGCUAGACCAGCUCGGGGUGAAGUCGCUGCCCACCGCGCGGUCGCGCUGGAUAUUUGCCACUGGCACAUCCGGUGAUGACCGUCGACUGGGUAUCCGGCGAGUUCGGCGGUAUACGGAGCUCACCAACCGACCAAGUGGCCGAUCACAGAAGGCCAUCGGUAUCAACCAUCUUUAUGAAUCAUGA